CUCGUCUUGAGACGUAUCUGGCUACCAUCAAAUCCUGAAAGGAGUUGAUUUCGCAGUAAGGAGAGAAGGUGACGCGCAAUUCAGCUUCAAUGGGUAUCAUGAGAGCACUGGUGGCGGGCAUCUGUUUCUACGUGGUUGUUUUGGGAGUGUUGAGAACUACAGCGGCCUACAUUGAUGAGGACGAAAGUAAUCUGGGGUACGUUCCUGAAGACUUGCUCUCGGAGGAGCGAAUAAACAAUCUAUUCAGCUCGUGGCAAAUCCGUCAUGGCAAGAGCUAUGUUGACGAGCCAGAAAAGCUGCACAGGAUGAAGGUAUUCAAGGACAACCUCUUUUACAUACAUGCCCACAACAGUAAAGAUAGUUCAUUCAAGAUGGGCUUGAAUGAAUUUUCAGAUCUUACCUUCGAAGAGUUCAGCGACACGAUGCUGAUGAAAAAGUGGGACGAGGAGGAGGAGAUUGACCUCAUCGACCGAAACCUCUCACCCCGUAUAAUUCGGUACGGUGAUGACGGAGCAAUGCAGCGAGGUUCACCUGCACCUGCCAUAGACUGGAGGAAGAAAGGCGUCGUCAACCCGAUCAGAAGCCAGGGACAAUGCGGAAGUUGCUGGGCGUUCUCCGCCAUUGCUGCAGUGGAGAGUAUAAACGCCAUCAGAACCGGACAGCUUUAUGAUCUCUCGGAGCAGGAGCUCGUCGACUGCCUCACGUACAUGGGUUGCAAGGGCUGCGACGGGGGAAAAGUUGAUAGUGCGUUCACAUUCAUCGCCAAAGACAACAAGGGGAUCGAUUCCGAGGAGGACUACCCGUACGUGGCACAGCAGGCUGCCUCUUGCGAUAUCCAGAAGAGGAAUAAUCGCUUGGUCACUAUCGACGACUACGCCUACGUUACGAAAAACAGCUCCAGGGCUUUGAUGCUAGCCGUCGCACAACAGCCUGUGGUCGUGUACAUGCAUGCCAGCAAAGAUUUCAAGUCCUACGCGUCUGGAAUUUAUAACGGAAACUGCUCGGGAGACCAUUUGAAUCACGCCGUUGUUGUGGUGGGCUACAGCACAACGACGAAAGGUGUGCCUUACUGGAUUGUGAGGAAUUCAUGGGCAACCACUUGGGGCGAGUCUGGUUAUGUACUCAUGAAGCAGACUGGGGAGGAUAACCCUGGCGUCUGUGGAAUGCUCAGAUUUUCGGUCUAUCCGAUCAAAAACGGCACCCAUGACAGUGGAGAUGGCCGCAAAGAUGAGUAGAGACAAGAAGCGGGGGCUAACUGGAUAGAAUAAGCGAUGGGGGGAAGACCCCGUCAAGCACUACGACGAAAAUAUUAUUAGUGGAACAUUUCUCAUGACGAGAAAUGUGGUUCGUACCACCACGUAAAACCACACCGUACGAUCGUUAAAUAACUAGAGCAUCUGAGCAUGAAAUGAGUAGUAGGGCUUUCAUGGCGUUUACGUCACAAAAGCACGAGACAUCAAGUUAUACUUUGAGCUCUAUUGGCUUCUCUUUUUCUCCCUAUUUGCUAUGUACAUGUUUCCUGUACAUGAUGUAGAUUUUUAAACUAAAAUAUAAAUAAAUAAAC